AUGUCGAGAGUGGCCCGCUCCUCGCCCCAUGCUGGAACCGGCCAUGGACCGCGUAGGCGUCUUUGGCCCGCUCUCAUCAACGUCUUUCUGCAAACGCUGGAGACGGGUUUCAUCAUUUCCCAGGUCAUCACGUUCUGUGAUAAGGCGGGGCGCUUCUCGCGUUGGGUAUCUGGCAUCGUACUCUGUGUUACGCUUGCGUCUUUUCUUCAGACCUGCACGACCUUCUAUUCGCUUUGGAUACAUGCCAUUGUCUACGACGGGUACCCAAUCGCGGGCAUCACGUCUUCAACACUGGUGUUGGAAGAGGCAACUCCCUUAUUCUGCACCGGUGCAAGCCCUAUAUACAUGGCGAUGUUAUAUGGUGCGUACCNGAUGCAACCUAGGUGCAAGCCCUAUAUACAUGGCGAUGUUAUAUGGUGCGUACCACACGGGCGCUCGCUAUACGCGCCUUCUGAACUAGCCACCCAGAUUCUCAAUCGCAAGCCCUGGAUUCCCGCGCUACUCCUCGCUGCAGUUCUGGCUAGUGUUGGCCUUCACAUCCACGCGACCUGCGAGCUUGUACGCAUUGGUCCAGCGCCCGGCGACACGGGUACGACACCAGAACGCAUCAACCGCGUCCCCACCUAUCGAGCCGCUCUCGCUCUCAAUAUUGCUCUGGACGUUGUUCUCACUGGUAUCUUGCUUUCGUUUCUCAUCAGAUCACUCAAGAAUGUCUUCACUCGGAGAGUUCGCAAGGUGAUACAGCGGUUGAUCUUGCUAGCUUGGGAGUGCGCUCUGCCUCCGACGCUUUGCGCCACGGCGACUUGUAUCACGUACGGCUUGUUCGCAUUCAAGCGCACGACACUGUUCUGGGAUACACCGCUUCAGGGAAUGCUGGGGAAGUUAUACGUUAUCUCACUCCUGGCGACCUUGAACAACGCCUCCUUUGAACAACUUGGACGCCGGAGACGAGCGGAACCUGCGUCCCCGGGACAAGAGUACCCCAACAUAGACACCACGAUCAUACUGGACAACUUCACCACGCAAGCCUACCCCACAACAACUGAUGAAGAAGCACAAGCGGAUUCAUCUCUACAGUCUUCACACAUGGGCACCGGCUCUUCUGAUACGAAGGAUGAUGGCCUACAUCCUUGGUCUAUCUGGAAGAUACCUACGUAG